UGGCUGGAGGAGCCGUGGUUGAUGAUUCCCAGGGUCUCCAGUGAGGGCUCCUGUCUCUUUAAGUGGGUGUUGCUGGUGUCGGGUUCCUCCGCCCCGUCAUGUCCUUGUGUUAUAUAAGUGCUGUUUAAUGUAUAGGCCGGAGCCUGGACCUUGGCAGUGAGGACAGCCGGGUCAUGCUGCUGCUAGGAGGGGUACAGCGGGCACUCAGCCUGUGCCGCCCUCACAGCUGGGGCUGCAGAUCAUACAGCGUCACUGCGCAGCUGGUAGACGAUCUGAGGGCACUGGUUGGAGAGAGCAAUGUGUCCACAGCGCAGGUGGUCCGCGAGCAGCAUGGCAGGGACGAGUCGAUGCACAGCUGUCAGCCCCCUGAUGUUGUCAUUUGGCCGCAGAAUGUGGAGCAAGUCAGCAAGGUGGCUGAGCUUUGUUAUGCACGCAGUGUCCCCAUGAUUCCUUUUGGCACAGGGACAGGGCUGGAAGCAGGAGUGGCCGCAAUCAUGGGGGGGCUGUGCCUCAAUCUCACACGCAUGGACAGGAUUCUGAACCUCAGAACUGAUGACUUCUAUGUAACUGUGGAGCCCGGGGUCACCCGCAAGGCCCUGAAUUCAUAUCUCCGGGGCAGCGGCCUGUGGUUUCCUGUAGAUCCGGGAGCCGAUGCUUCUCUCUGUGGCAUGGUGGCCACCAGUGCGUCGGGCACCAAUGCAGUACGGUACGGCACAAUGCGUGAAAACGUCAUCAAUCUGGAAGUCGUUCUGCCUGAUGGUCGCAUACUGGACACCGCAGGAAAAGACAGAAGCUUCAGGAAGACGUCGGCUGGAUACAACCUGACCAGCCUGUUUGUGGGCUCCGAGGGGACAUUGGGAAUUAUAACCAAAGCCACGCUGCGUUUGUAUGGAGUGCCAGAGGCCACCAUAGCUGCGGUGUGCGCCUUCCCCAGCGUGCAGGCGGCGGUAGACAGCACGGUCCAGAUUCUGCAGUCUGGCAUCCCCAUUGCCAGGAUCGAGUUCUUAGACGAUGUCAUGAUCGACGCGUGCAACAAAUUCAGUAACCUCCAUUACCCCACGCAGCCCACGCUGUUUCUGGAGUUUCACGGUACAGAGACCGGAGUCAAGGAGCAGGUGCAGCAGACAGAGCUGAUAACACAGCUGAAUGGAGGAUCGGACUUUACUUGGGCACAAGGUCAGGAGGAGAGGAACAAGCUCUGGACCGCCAGACACAAUGCAUGGUAUGCUGCCCUCGCUCUGCGUCCUGGGUGCCAGGGUUACAGCACGGAUGUGUGUGUUCCUGUCUCCAAACUUCCCCAAAUCAUAGUGGACACCAAGGAAGACCUCCUGACGUCACGCCUUACAGGUCCUAUAGCCGGACACGUUGGCGAUGGGAAUUUCCACUGCAUAAUGGUGUUGGACCUCAAUGACCAGCACGAAGUGAGGAAAGUGAAGGAAUUCACGGAUCGGUUGGCCAGGAGAGCUAUGGCCAUGAAUGGCACCUGCACUGGUGAACACGGCAUUGGCAUAGGGAAGCGGAGAUUACUGCAGGAGGAGGUCGGCCACGUCGGCAUCACAGCAAUGAGGCAGAUUAAAGCCACAUUUGAUCCAAAGAAUCUGAUGAACCCAGGAAAAGUGGUUUAAAUGGACGGGGAAGGGAAUCCUGACGCCCCAAACUGGGAACUGACUCCGGGUGACAAAACUGUACUGGGACAGAAACACUGUCCUCUCAUCUUACUGUGUAUUCUACCGGCAGCAAUAAAUGAAUGUAAUCCA